CACACUACCCGGUAACCACUUCCAGUCAGUCGUCGGCGGCGCAGGCUCUGUUGCACCGAUAUGACUUAACACUCUCCCACCGCGGUCUUCAGCUGACCUUGAUCGGCUGAUAAUCCGUGUGGCGCUGUCGGCUGUAGCAUUCAUGUAGCAAUACUCCGAAAUACUCGCAGGUGUUCAAUUUUCGGUGUUGACUGUUUGAGCACUUGAGAGUUCCCUUCGCUCUUUUCGAGAGUCCGUGUUUGCCGGUCACAUUGACACGACCACAACGAGCAGUAGGUGCAUGUUUGGUAUCGCGUCUUGAACUCUAAAUCCAUUCAUUAGAGACUUGAGAGGCAUUCGUCAAUCCAUUCGUGUUCCAGGUUCCGACAUUGCUAAUGAUUGUUUGUUUUGUUUUUAAAACACUUCACGUCACUAUGAAGGUCAAUUUGUACACCUUUAUAUGUUAAAAUUACGUCUUGUAUCAACACAUUUCCUAAAGCAGCCAUAAAAGCAUUAAAAUGUGCCGUGAUUGGGAUAUGAUUAUCUAAAUCAUAUAUUGGUAUAAAUUUGAAUUUUAAAACUGCGUCAAGCUGUUGAAAUUACUGCAGUGGUUUGCAGGAUUUACCCAGAGUUUGAAUUGCAUGAAAAUGAAACUAACUUUGUGUUGUACUGACACACAUAUGCUUAGUAAGCAGGUUGAAACAAAGUUUGAGAUGUUAUUAGAAGAAUAUAAUUCAGAAAAAUUGAUUUUGAUUGGUAUGCCGUUGGAAAAAUUGCCAUUGAAUUGUGACGGGUUACCACUUAUUGUAGAAAAUAUAAAUGAUUAUAUAAUUGAUAAAGGAUUAUAUGAAGAAUGCCUAUUUGAUGAAGCAUAUUCUACUAAUGGGCGUAAAGCGAAUAUUAUAAAUGCUUAUGAAUUAGUAAGUGGUUCAAGGAAAAGUUGUAAAACAAUCCUAGAUAUCGAUGCAGUAGAUGUUGCAUCAGUGUUGGUUAUGUGGCUUUACUACUUACCAGAACCAUUGAUAUCCUCAGAACAAUUUUCAAUGAUUUGUGAUCUCAAUGUCAAUACAAAAUACGGUGAAAUUAUUAAGACCAUGGACAAUAUAAACAGACUAACUUUACAAGGAGUAAUGAAUAUUGUGGAUUCUUAUGAAAAGCAACAUAAGUCAUACACGGAAAAACUAGAGAUUCUUUUUACACUGCUUUUAACAAAACAUGCAGAUAUUGUUAGCCAAAAUAAUUCAUCACAAUUUUUAAACAAUUUGAAAAUUGUUUUGAAGGAAGCAGAAGUAAAUGAUAAUGAAUCGGAAUGUAUUGGGUUCAAUAAAAAAUCUUUAAAAAUAAAAUAUAAUAUCAAUCAUGGUGAAAAUGAGUUUAAUAAAUAUAAUCUAUGUAACAAGAAGAAUCUAUUUCGCAGGUCGUUCAGUGAUGAUGGAUUACACAUAAAAACUGGUGUGGAUGAUGUUGAUGCAACUGUGAAAUGUCCAGAUUUGCUAAAAUCAAGUAGCUGUAACCUGACUGAAGCCUUUUCAGAAGAAGACGUUCAUUACAACAACUCAUUUAUGAAUGGUUUUUCAAUUGAUAAGAACAAUUUAAACACUAAACCAGUUGAUAAAUUAUUGUCUGAUGAUAAUUUUUAUGAUAGUUCAGUUUGUGUUACUAAUGAGUUAUAUAGUUCCCAAAUUGAUGACAUGAGAAGUAUAGAAAGGACCAUGCAGAUUCAUUCCAGAACUACCAUGAAAAUACCAAAAAAUAAAUCUAUUAAAAAUCAUGUAGAAAGGGUUUUGAAGUCAGGAUUUUUAUCAAAUGAAGAAAGUUUGCUAUUGAAAAACACUUUAGAACUUAUGAAGAUACUAUCAAAAAUUAAAAAUGUCCAAAAUCAAAUUAACAUUCAUAGGAGAAAUAGAGGAGAUGAAUUUAGUUUUGAAAAUGAAAAGACUAACAAACGUUUUUCAGAGUUGCAUUUUUUAAACAGUCGCCUUGAGCAAUUAGCUAGUCAGAAAAAUAAUUAUUUGACCAAAACUGGAUUAUCAUAUGGUAGAUCAUACAACCGUACAGUUUUGAAUCUUAAGAAUGCCCAAAAAGAAGCUUUUAAGUUACAUGAAAAUGAAAAAAAUAACAAGAAAUAUCCAAAUGAAAACUUUGAUAAAUUAAUUUCUGAUAUUUACAAUAUUCAAAUAGUUCUCGAUUAUUUGGAAAAUAAUUGUGGUGGUAAGGAGUUGCCCUGGAGGUCAAGUAAAGGUUUUCCAGGUCACAAGAGAAUGAAAAAAAAACAGCUGAACUGUGUAACUGUUGUGUCUGAUUUGCAAACAAUUGGUGAGCACGAAGUCAUGGAAACUAUAGCCCAACCAUUAUUCAAACCAGUGGAACAGUAAUUUGCUCUAAUGUUUAAUAAGCUUAACAUAAGUCUGUAAAGAAGUCUUACUUGUACAUUUUUUUUUGAAAAUACUUAGUAACAAUGUACAGAACCAUUUAUUUUUAUGAUUAAUAUAAAAUACUAAUAUUAUAAUCCCAAUUAAAAUCACUAAUAAGUAAUAUUAUUUGAGACGUUUAUAAUUAGUACCUUUAAAUUAUUUAAUUGAUGUUUACUAAUUAAGAAUUAUGGAUAAUAUGUUAUACACAAUCGUGCAUAUAGUUCUGUCUUACAUUCUUACUAUUUUUAACCAUAUAUUUUUUGUACAAUUUAUGGUCUGUACAUUUUUCUUUAUUUUUACAAAAAAAUAAGAUAUAUUUUUUAAGAUAUGAGAAUUCUUAAAUUUACAAUUAUAACUUUUUUAGAUAGAAAAAUUGUUGAAGCAUUAAGAAAUUAAAAAAUAUUGGUCUGAUACAAAUGUAAUUUUUGUGAGAAUUUUAUUUUUGAUGAAUGGAUUAAGUCUUGAAGAAUACUUUUCUUUGAUCGGUUAUAUUGACUGUAGUGUCUUAACAAAUAUCAAUAAUAAUAAUACAUAAUAUAUAAUACACGUGAAUUUUAAGCAGUACUAACUUAAAAGUUUAAUAGAUACUACAUUGUAAAUAAGUUCAUAAAUAUUAUACAGCAUUUUUUGACUGCCAUGUGGCUGCCGGCGGUCAUUUGUAAAUUUCAAAUUGUAUGUUUUUGUGACCGCUGGCGGCCACAGUUGAUCAUUACUACUAUGCCACAUGACCGCCGGCGACCAUAAAUGAAUAUGGUUUUAUAUUAUUAACUUUUCCAUGGCGCUACAAUAAUGCACCCAAAAAAGUGCCGUGGCGUAGCGGGAAUCAUUACAAUUUUUUUGAUGUAAUAAUUGUAUAUUUAAAAAAAUGUUUAUAUUUUUAAACUUUUUUUUUAUAAUAUACAAAUUUGGAAUGACACUGAAAAAUAUACUUGGCGUACAGAUGAUGCAUAAUCGUGUGACCGGUGGCAGUCAACGUGUUAAAAACAAAUAUGCUGUGUAUAAUAUAUUAAUAUUUAAUAAAAUAUAUUUUCAAUUUGUAAACAUUAAUUUUAACUUAAUUAUAAAUUAUAUUUUUGAAUGUAUACUAUAAUAUCUGGUUUUUAGAUUUCAUAUCAACAAGUUUUUGUAAAAUUAUUUAUUUUUCCUUAAAUAUCUAUAAUAUUAUUGAUUGUUAUUUCAUAUAUAUUGUAACAUAUAGUCUGAUUCUUAAUGUUGUAGCUCAACUUAUUUUUAAAUUUUAAAGAUUUUUUAAUCUAAUUGUUAUUUUAUUCAAAUGUAAUUAUUACAAUCAUAUAUAGUUAAGUGAAUUGUUUAUUUAUUAAAAGGGUUUAUCGGUAUACUUUUCUUAGCAUAGAAUACUUUUUUAAAUCUUUAUUUAUAGUAUUAUAACACAAUUGUUUGGUAUUUAUAAAACCAA